UACGUAAGCCUUCCGUUCUGUGAAGAAAUGUGCGCGAGCGCAAAAAUACACAAGUUACGCAUGUGUAUUUCGUAUCGUGUGAACAAGUUUCCUUUCACGACUUGUCUCAUGCGGACGCAUCUUUUAAUUCUAACGCGAAACUCAAUCCAGCAAUUUUUGCGUAUUUCGAAGAAAAACGCGAAUGAAAUAGUUUAAAAAUUGCAUUCUAUUAUCGACAAGAACGAAAUUUUCCGUUACCGAUCAUAUACGUUAUUGCAACAAGUCUUCGAAGCUGUUGACAUGUCACUAUUCGCAUGUUGCAUACGUCGGAAUCAACCACAAAUGGAUGACACACGUCAACAGGCAUUGUUGAAGGAACCACCGGAAAUAUCGUGGGAGAAUUCGCUCGGAGCACCGGAUGGUGUUCCUUUUGAUGACGACACGAAGGAACUUCUCAGAAGAUGUAUCGACGUGUCGACAUCAACACCUACGACCCUGACACAAAUCAUGAAACGAAGCGAGGCCUUCCCUAUAAAUUUUCCAAUUAACACCGUAAGAUGUUCCGCUCUGAAAGAAAGAGGAAUUAGCACAAACAUCCUCGAGAUGAACGCGAAUUCGGUUUACCCUUUGAUACACGAGGCGAUGUUGCCAUUGCUGGCUCGAUGGUUGAAACACAAACGAUUAUAUGGCAGUGCAAUCGAGAGGGCCACGUAUAAGGAUAUGGGUUUGGUGCAAUUUAUUCAUCGUUUAUUGGAAAAGAGAGCUGUACAUUUUUAUGAGCCUGUCGAUUCGUGGAAACUAAUCGAUGGAAAAACAGGCGUGAAUGGAUGGGAGAACGUUGGAACGGAUCAAGAAAAAGAACCUUUGGUAUUAACGAAAUGUUUAUCGUACGACGAGAUCAAAUUAUCCGCGAUGAUGGCGAUGUCCUCCCACACAGAAUUCAUAAACAACGGUUCACGAGACAAUGAAGGCGUCGUGAGCACCGAUCCAGACUCUGUACAGCCGAGAGGAGUCAUUAUAGGUGUCGUGGGAUCAAGAUUUGAACGAUCAACCGUUAUGGAAUAUCAAGACAUCCUUGCUACUCCUCAACAAAACACUGUCGACAAUGGGUAUGGAUCGCAAACAAGUGGAAGCUCGGAAGAAAAGCAUGGACUGCGCAUUUUAUGGGCAAAGUUCUAUGGCGAGGAAUAUCAUCCGCUCUACGAGGAAGCGGUGAAGCGACUUAAAGCAAAAGAGAACAAAAGAUAUCUUUCGAUAAAUAAUCAAACGGUUUUUGACAUCGAAAAUUAUAUGAAAAGAACACUGCUCACUGUAGAGAUCAUACUUCUCGAAGCAAACACACGAGCAGAGAAGCAAAACACAACUGCUUUCUUACACGUUGUAGGUUUUGGUCUGGGCGUAUGGAAAGUAAUUCAAGAUCAAGAAAUAUAUUUCCUAAAGACAUUCGAGAUUGCCCUCAAGAAGAUGAAUAAGAAACUGAGAUAUGUAUCGGACAUAAUGUUCGCGGAUUUCCAUCAGCAAAAGUGCGGCGAUGCUGAAAACGGCGACUAUCUCGGAGAUAUAAAGAUUCAUUUCGCUCACAGAGAACCUCACAGCAAACUGAGCAGACCCUCGGACACGAACAAACUUCUCGUGGUUACAUACGCAUGGGAUGGAAACGCGUUACCAGGGAACGAAUUCUGGAUCGGAAAAUUAUCAUCUAGCGGGGAUACUGCAGCAGCGUGCAGUACCCAAGUCGCAGAAUUGCACACAUUCAGAAUAAAUCCUCGAGCAUGCGGAGCCAGCUUGCACAUUGCAUCUGCCCAGCAUGGUAUUUUGCACAUAUCGGAUUACGCGAAGUUACAUCUUGCUUAGGAAAGGGCUGGCCCAUUGGGCACCAGUCAACGAAGACCAUCUCGAUCUCCUCGUAGCCAAAGAAGUCGUAGUGCAGAUGUAGAUUGCUUGAAGAAUACACCGAGAGACGUGUCGAGGAGAGAAGGCACACAGAGAUACCGGACACGAGCAAACUAGAUCCCUCCAGAUGGAUUCCACUGCCGAAAAAUAUAACACGGAUCCAACCGGCAUUAAAGAAGCCAUCAGCACAGCCAUCGAGGGACGAAGAGAAACGGCGUUCGGUAUCGAGCGAAUCCGAGGAAAUCGUAACGAAUAUCAGUGGAAAAACGAACGAGGGUACAGCAAAGAAAUUAUCUCCUACGAAGGAGGAAGAAUGGACGAAGGGCUCCGAAGGGCGGAAAAACGAAACGCCAAUCACGUACAGGCAGACGGCCGGCAGGAGUCAUAGCGCGGACGUCACCCAUACAAAGAAAGAGAAACUGGUCGAGGAACGAAGGAAUACGGAAUGCAGCGACCCCAGAACGAUCGCGACGAGGUUGACAGAGCACAUUUUCCUAGUCAAAAAGAAACCGAUGCCAUGAACGAAUCGAAUUUAAGAUCGCGUGAUAAGUAGCGAAAACGUUGCACUAACUGUAAUAAUCGAUCACUAGAGAUUAACUCUGUCGUUAUGCAAAUUAUAUGUAAAUAGAAUAAUAAUAAUUCGAUGUUGGUCAUUGUGUGGAUAGAAAUGUAUAUGGUACAAUGCCAAAGCAAUACGCAGCUUUCGUUUGUUCGGUAAAUAUAA